AUGGGUCUAAUCGAGGCAGUCUACAUAUUCAACGAGCGCAAGUACAGUAAACCCCUCCACCCUCGCUGUUGUCAUCCCCUCAUUGACCCGUCGUACAGCAAUGCCAUCGUCUCUCACACUUUCACCGCGCGCCCACCACCCGCUACCAUUCUUCUACCGCUAUACCUCGCCCACUCAGAACCCAGGCCAUCAUGUAUCUACUUGACAGGAACAAAUCCGCCGACACUGCUGUUCUCCAUGCUGCAGGAUGGUCUCCUGUUCCUCAGUCCUUGCUCGACCGAUACCGAACCUCUAGUCGUUCUCGAGUUUCUACAUCGCGUGGCCGACGCGCUUGAAGAGUUUCUGGGUGCACCGUUGUUGGCAAGCAAGCUGGAAGCCAACUACGAUGUCAUAGCCCAGGUCUUGGGUGAGAUGUGUGAUGGAGGCUUGAUUGGCGGUACCGAGGCCAAUGCUCUUAGAGAUGUUGUGGAUACACCGUCUUGGAUGGGCAGGUUGCUGGGAGGCGUGGGAUUGCCUGGGUAUGUGGACACGCCAAAGUGCGCUCUUGUGGCUGCAGCUAAUACAGAUUUAACAGCUNCUUCUCCCGCCUUGAAUGCUGGUCCGACACCUUUCUCUGGCAUGGGAAGUGGUGGCAGUGGAAGCCUCACCCCUACACUAUCUACCGCUGGCUCUCAGAUUCCCUGGCGCCGCUCCAAUGUCCGUCAUACCAGCAACGAGAUGUAUGUCGAUAUCGUCGAGACUCUCUCCGUUACCUACGCUCCUUCGGGCCGCCCUCUAGCUGCCUUUGCCAACGGCAGUAUCGCCUUCACUAGCAAGGUCUCCGGCGUACCCGAUCUACUGCUAAGUCUACGAGCUGGCAGCGGUCCUGGAGCAGACAAGGUGAAGCGCACCAUGGAACGACCCGUCUUCCACCCUUGCGUACGCCUCGCCCGCUGGAGAGACCACGCAGAACUCUCCUUUGUGCCUCCAGACGGCCGCUUCGUGCUCGCCGGCUACGACGUCGAUUUACUAGACCCUUCAGCCUCGCCUCUAUCCGCCAAAGCCGCUGAUCUCAAUCUACCUGCCUCGAUAGAGAUACGCACAGGACUAGGCGCCACAGGCUCAGACUUUGAAGUACGCCUUACAGUAAGCCAUCGCUUUUCCAGCGGUGGUUCUGCAAACGCAGCUUCAAGUUCAGGAGUAGGAUCUGCUGCGGCAACAAGUCUUUCCAACAAUCUAGGUGCUCCUCGUCCAUCCACUCUCCGCGGCAACAGCGGCGAAGCCAAAGCACCGGCUCUCGAGGACUUGUGCGUUAGCAUCCCCAUCACCUCUGCCGUGCGCAACAUCAGCGACCUACGCGCCACAAAAGGAGAAGCACACUGGAGCCCCGGCGACACCUGCAUCGAGUGGAGAAUCUCAGCCAAAGAAGCUGCAGGCAUCAGUAGCGCUGGCUGUGUACUACGCUGCUCAGUCGUUGGCUCUUCCUCUGAUGACGAGACCGAAGCCCUUUCGAACGGCGGUAUGACCGCAAACACCCACGAUUACGACGAUGGUGAUGACUAUCAAACCCCUCUGNCCAAUUCCAAAACCCAAGACUCGUUGGCAACAGCAAACAAGAAAAAGAAGUCACAAAACGGCAUUCUUAUGCCUUCGAGCGCAAGUCUCGGUUUUAGCGUCAAGGGCUGGUUGGCUAGUGGAUUGAAAGUGGAUGGUUUGGUCAUCGAUACCAAGAGGAGUAGAGGGCUUGGUGAGGGUGUGAGACCGUACAAGGGAGUCAAGUACUUGACGGUGAGCAGGAAGGGUGUGGAAGUUAGAUGUUGA